AUGAGAGAUCGGUUAUCUCUUGACCGCAUAUCAUUGCUUACGAUUUGUUAUUUUACGCUCUCUCUGCAUUUACUUUCAUUUCUCUCUCUCUCUCUCUCUCUCUGUCGCUGUCUCUUCUCUCUUUCUUUCCUUCUUUCUUUCUCCUCUCCCCACUCUCUCACUAUCAUUCUUUCUCUCUUUCAUUUUUCCAUCACCCUUUCUUUCUUUCUUUCUUUCUUUAUUUAUUUAUUUAUUUAUUUAUUCUCUUCUCUUCCCCUCUCUCUCACUCUCUUUCUUUUUGCCAUCAAUCUUUUUUUUUCUUUCUCACCUUUUCUCACUCUCUCUCUCUUUCUCUCUCUCUCUCUCUCUCUCUCUCUCUCUCUAAACAAUUCGAUAAAUGAUUUAUUUCAGAGACCUAAAUUUCUUUUGCUGCGUAGGUGUUCGCCCAAAUAUUCCUGGAUCCUUGGGUCUUAUCUGCAGACAUCAAGGAUUAUUAUUUAUGACUCCACAUUAUUUACGAAUUAUUCUCCUUUCCUUUCCGGUCCAUUCACUUAUUGCUUCUUUUUCAUGAGAUCCCCUCCAAUUGACAUAAAUAUUUCUUUCUUUCUUUCGUUCUCACUCUCUUUCUUUUUGCCAUCAAUCUUUUCUUUCUUUCUCACCUUCUCUCUCUCUCUCUCUCUCUCUCUCUCUCUCUCUCUCUGUCUUUCUCUCUCUAAACAAUUCGAUAAUUUCCCUAUCAUAUUUUUUAUGGUUACUCUCUCAAGUGAGAGCAAACCCCACCAAGACGGCAGCUCUCUGUCUAGUGAGAGCAAACCUCACCAAGAUGGCAGCUCUCUGUCAAGUGAGAGCAAACCUCAUCAAGACGGCAGCUCUCUGUCUAGUGAGAGCAAACCUCACCAAGACGGCAACUCUGUGUCUAGUGAGAGCAAACCUCACCAAGACGGCAGCUCUCUGUCAAGUGAGAGCAAACCUCCCCAAGAUGGCAGCUCUCUGUCAAGUGAAAGCAAACCUCACCAAGACGGCAGCUCUCUGUCAAGUGAGAGCAAACCUCACCAAGACGGCAGCUCUCUGUUUAAUAUUUUAAAGGCUGUCGUUUAA